UGUUCAGACUUUUUUGGGUCGGAUCAUUCGGGCUUGAAGGGCAAGCAAAGGCAGCAGAUAGGAUGCCGCUGUCAGAGACGGACUUCACACGUGUGACCAAGUCCUCCAACCCCCACGUUUCUGACACUUGUGCAUGAAUCUUACUGUACAAAGCCAAGCAUGGCCCCUCUCCGUGUACCAGCCCAUGCCCCUGGGAGGUACUCGGUGCAACUUAUAAAGGUAGGUGGCCGUGGAACUAGCUAGUUGGCCUAGAAUUCUCUCUCGCUCUCUGUUUUGGCUGUAGAGAUUUGAUCGAGGGAGAGAAUGGGAAGGCAGCCAUGUUGUGACAAGGUGGGGCUGAAGAAGGGGCCGUGGACAGCCGAGGAGGACAAGAAGUUGGUCGACUUCAUCCUCACCAAUGGCCAAUGCUGUUGGAGAGCUGUCCCAAAGCUAGCAGGCAUAUUGAGGUGUGGAAAGAGUUGCAGGUUAAGAUGGACGAACUACCUGAGGCCUGAUCUGAAGAGGGGCUUGCUAUCAGAGUCUGAGGAGAAGUUGGUCAUUGAACUCCAUUCUCGUCUUGGAAAUAAAUGGUCUAAGAUUGCAUCUCAGCUCCCUGGUAGAACUGACAAUGAGAUAAAGAAUCACUGGAACACCCACAUAAAGAAGAAGCUGAGGAAGAUGGGAAUUGACCCCAUCACUCACAAGCCCAUCUCUUCUACUGAUGAACACCACCUCCAAGAAGGGCAACAGCAACAAGUAGGUGUUGUAGCUGGUGAAGAUGGAAGAAGUGAGAACAUAAUCCUCCAAUGCCCACAGAGACAAGAGGAAGAGAAGAGCGUGUCGGUGUCGAGUUCGUUUGAUUUCGUAGAGACCGAUAUAUUUCUUCAGAAAUCCCCUGGUUUUUGUACUGAUGAAGUGCCCAUGAUUCAACCACAUGAGAUUACAGUACCAUGCGCUUCUACUGCCUCCUAUUCCUCUACUUCCUUACCAUCGUCAUGCUUUUCGUCUAGUCCCUCAUUGAAAGCUGAAGAGAUCCAAUUUCCUUGCAUGGAGUGGCCAGAGCCCAUAUACUUGUGUGAGAUGGAUGACUUCAGUCAAUGGGACUUGAUCUCUAAUGUUGGAGAUGGGAAACUAGCUUUUGAUCAUCUAAACCAGCAUCAGAGAACUGCCAGCUGGAAUCAAGAAUCAUCGAACUAGAAACUGCUCUGAUUUCUUACUCCAUGCUUUUGUAAUUAGUUUACACAAAGGAAAUAGAAGGGAAGAAUAAACGCUUAUUUUUCUUUGGAAGCUUCCUUGUACAAUUUGAAAGCUAAAAGAAUAUUUAAAUAGAAAGGCUCUAGUUCUCUUUUUA